GCCACUUCGUACACCGAGAGGUAGUCUGGCGUUCGCCGCGUAUCGGCAAUACGCAUUUCGGUGGGAAGCAGAGCAGCUACGGUAGCGGCAGCGCGAGAGAUGACACGCGCGCCGGCUCUCGCGUCCUCCUCCGUCUCCUCCUCGCAGUGAUACGCGGCUUAAAAACGACUCUUCGACCGGGAGAAACAGAUCUCGCGACGGAUCAACCGGACCAGUGUCCAUCGGAAUGUUCCUUUCGGCGUGUUCAUCGCGCGGAAUCUCUAAACUCGACGAUAACGAUGAAUCUCCCAAACGGAGAGGAUUAAUCGACAUUUAAAAACGAACGUGUCGCAACGACUCUGACUCCAACGUCUCAUCUCGAAUUUCUGUGAUUCAGUCAACCGGGGCCAGAAUAAAAUUUGAUCUCAAUCCCAUCGGGAUUUUCUAUGAUUUUCUAUAAAAACCGUCUCCGAGGGGGUGGAAAGUGGUUCACGCUGGUGGAACAGGUGAUGCCGUACGUGUAUUCCGCGCGAGCGUUCUGCUAAUUCAUUGUGUUCCGCGAAACGGCGUCGGUUAGGUCUGACAACCGAUAUAGAGUGCAGUGCACCGGCGUGAAAAUAGAUGGUGGUUGGUGAAGAUCGGUGAAAGUGACGAGGUGGAAACGAGCGGCGGCGCCAGGGGAAGACGGAUUGGAGCUACGGACGCUCGGUGGUUUAUCGUGAAAUACCGGGGUAUCAGGGACAGCGUGUCGUUUCGUCGCGCAGCAAACAAAUACGUCCAGUGUUUGAAACAUCGACGACAUAAAUAUCAUUGGACAAAACGCGUCGACAGUGUCGUGUCAUCGAGAAUUUGUCUUUGGGAAAGAAAAAUACUCUAGGAAAACAAGCUCGGCUGCUCCGUGAACCGGUGAAUCCCACUGAAAAGAGAAUAAUCAUCAAUCGGGCAGGAUGAUGGACGACAUUUUGACAGUGCCGGGGGUCGAACGCGUCAAGCCAGCGUCAAUCGUUUGACGCCCCGUUGCCAACCGUGUUGGAGCCUCGAGGGCGGCCAAGAAUCCCCUGAGCGAGAACUGACUAGUCGCGUAAUCGGAACGGGUCGGCGCCGAAGGGGUCGGUCGGCCGCACGAAAAAAGAGCCUCCCCUUUUCUGCCGACGAGGAAAUCGUCGAAUUGGCCGGGUACCAGGCAACAGCGGUAACGAGGAGAACGGAAUCCUCGCGGGCAUACCUUACGUAAAAAUAAACCGUGGCUGGCGCGGGGUUUGACGGGAAACUUUUUAACGAGCGGUCGGAACGACGACGCCCCGGGGGAAAAAUUACGGCUGCGACGAGCCAGGCAGAAGAAACGAAUCGAAUCUCUCCUCGCGCAAGCAUCUUCGGGUUGAAAAGUAAUUUGGGUUAACAGGGACGCGCGGAGAGGCUCUUUAUUUUAAGCGGGACUGAAGUGAAAAUAAGAAUAGCCGCGCGAAAAAUUCGCCGACGAAAAGUUUAAAUGACUGGAAACGGCUUCUGGGCUCCGACUGGUUCGCAGUCGGAUGUUCGAGGAGCUGAAGUUUAAUUGGUGAAAGGACCCGCCCCGCGACGCUUUGGCGAUCGCCUCCACGUGGACGAGUUAUGGCGAGAAAGAACCGAGGGCAAUGGGGGCCGACGCCGUAUGCGUUCACUGACGGGUCCGUUGCGGGCAAGCCAAGAGGAAGUCACGGCUGACCGAUCGGGUACAAGGGUCUCCUCGUGGCGAUGCCAAGCCCUGGGCGAGACGGUCGGGGUUAAUUGAAAUAAGUCAAUCAAAGCUACGCCUCCACGGUGAACAUUCGAUUCCCUAGUGGACGGGGUAUAGUGUAUCGAUGAGAGUUUGAGUCAACUAAAGGAGACAGGAUGUCCUUCUGCAGGAUAACCGGUCGGAGCAGAGGCCUGCCGAAGCCGAACUAUUUCCCGCUGCUGCCACCUAUCAGCCCCGCCGACGCGAAACGCUUCUGCCGCAUCACCGGGAAAUCCUACGGCCUGCCCACGCACCAUUACAUUCCAGUCCUACUGGGCGUGCACAGCCACGACAAGUCGAAAUGCAAGAUCACGAACGCGUCCGGACUUGGACCCCAUCAUUACACUGCUGGCUUCGUUUUGGGCGAGAAGAAGAAGCACGUGAUCCUCAAGGAUUAUCGUUACGUGUUCCCUGUUCUGGAAGGCGAAGGCGAACAGCAGAGGGCUCUGAGGGAUUUACUGAAUACAAAACAUCCGUCUGCCGAAGAAGAGGCUGCUAAGUUUGUCUACACGGUACAGGAACGAAGAUGCAGCCUGGUGUUCCCCUCAAGACUAGAGGCAGCGGUCCGAGAUGGAGACGUAAAAGACGUGAUGCUCUCCAGGGACUGCGACACCGUGUUGUUUAGGUUAAAGCAGGGGAAAAAUGUUUCGGUGGACUUCAAGAACCUGGAGGAUUUCGAGAACCUCUAUGAUGGGCUAGGUCCCAGAGAAGACGUGUUGAAGGAGAGAGAGAAGCAGGAAGCGGAGGCUAGGAAGAGGAAGAGGAAGCGACAGGCUGGGCUGAGUUAUGCGAAGAGGAUCUUUGAGGAGAAAGAGAAAGCUGCUGAAGAAGAGGAGUUGAGGAGGACGAAGCAAGUUAGGUUGAGAAGCGUCAAGGAAGAGGUUCAAGAGGAGAAAGUUGAGACUUGGAAGAGCGUCGACCUGGAGCAAGCUAGAAUCAGGGCGUGCGAGUUGAUCUCUGUUACGGGAUCGUUGAAAGAGACCGCCAAAUCUCUUCCUCAAACCUUGGACUGGAAUUCGUUUCAGGAGGCAGCGAAAUCUCCAUUGUUGCCUGUGGCGGAGAAACUGCCAUCUCCUAUUAAAACGGACCCUCAGGUCAUAGAGCAAGGUGCCUCAUCUGGGUGCACCAGUCCGGUUUCAGAGAACACUGGCGGCUUCGAGGCGAUAUCGGUGGUGAAGCCACUGACGCCGCUAAAGAUAGACCUGGACUCGUCUGUGCUGUCGGCCAUACAGAAUAUUCCAGCUGCAGAUUUGAAAGAGGUAUCGAAUGUGAACGUAAAGCUUCUGCAAGCUGGUGAGCAGGCGCUGGACGAGCUGCCGAAGGUAGAGGAGAUCCCCGAGCUGGUGCAGAACAUCGCGAAAGGAAAAGAGGCUACCAUACACCGGAUCAAGGGGUUGAAGUUGGACAUCAAGUCCGCGCAGAGAUUUAUUGCCGGACAGACGGUGCAGACGCCGUCCGGCCCUAUUUUCGUACCUGGCCAGACGCUGCAGACACCUCAGGGACCUGCGUUCGUGCCUGGCCUGACCGUGAACACGCCUGACGGUCCUGUCCUCGUGCCGGGUCAGAUAUUCAACGUCCAAGAGCAAGACGACAAGAGGACGCCGGUGUUCGUGGCUGGACAGACACUUCCCACCGAGGAAGGUCACCGGUUCAUUCAAGGCCAGACCUUCCAUACCAACGAAGGAGCUAGAUUCGUUCAAGGACAGACUGUACUCACUGAGGAGGGACCAAAGUUCGUCGCGGGCCAAGCGAAGGAAGAUGGAACCUUCGUGCCUGGUCAGACCAUCCUCACUGCUGAUGGACCUAAGUUUAUGCCAGGUCAAACCAUAACCGAUCACCGAGGAGAACAAGUAUUCAUCCCAGGGCAGAGCGUGCAAAUAAAUGAAUCCUGGGAGUUCGUGCCUGGGCAGUGCAUAGAGUCUCCGACGGGUGAAACCAAGUUUGUACCUGGUCAGACGCUCCCGACACCUCAAGGACCACAGUUCGUACCUGGACAAUAUGUGGCUAACAACUCAGGGGAAGGCCGCUUCGUGCCUGGUCUUGUAAAAGACACGGACCAGGGCGCGACCUUUGUGCCCGGCCUGACUCUAGACACGCCGAAGGGCCAGAAGUUCGUGGAAGGUCAGUUGCUGAGGACACCAGAAAGCGAGAAGUUCUUCCCAGGGAAAACAGAGCUGACGAAAGAUGGCUUUCAGUUUGCUGCUGCCACGAAGUUCGACGAAGUCGUGUUCCACGACGCAGGGCCAGUCGGCAUACCCGUCGACCCGAAGACUGCGAACGUGUCCUUGCAACAGAGCGAGAUCUUCGGCCACAUGGUGCAAACCGAACGAGGUGUGGAAUUCUUUCCGGAAAAUGCGAAGAAGUUACCCGAAGGGCGUCGGAUAGUCCCGGGACAGCUGGUCCGCGGAGGAAAGGACGGUCCAAGAUUCGUGCCAGGUGUGAUGACGGAAGACGGUUUCUUGCCUGGCCAGAUUGUGAUGACAGAGAAAGGUGAACAGUUCGUGCCUGGCCAGGUGAUAGACACCAGCACAGGGCCGAAGUUCGUUCCUGGACAGAUGGUAGAGACCAGGACAGGGUCGAAAUUCGUGCCGGGCCAGACGGUGGAGACUGCUGAUGGGCCGCGCUUCGUGCCUGGUCAGAUCGUCGAGACCAAGGUCGGUCCCACUUUUAUUCCUGGUCAAGUGAUCUCCACGGAGGACGAGGGAUCUCGAUUCGUUCCUGGUCAGGUGGUGGAUACUCCGGAAGGGCCCAGAUUUGUACCAGGUCGCGUGGUGGAGUCUGGAGAGCUAGGGGUAACCUUCGUGCCUGGGCAAAUCGUUCAAACGGAGGAGGGUCCGCGUUUUGUCGCCCCGGAUCUAACGGACACACCCGAGGGAGAAGUAGAGUUUUCUGUGCAAGGGUUUGAAGUCACUCCAGAAGAGCUGAGGCUCCUCAGACCGCAGCAUUUGCACUACAAUCCGCAUGUGCAACAUCACGGGGAGACCAGCAUUGACGCUAGAAUGUUGAGACAGUUGUCGGAGGCAGGAUUAUCGGUUGGAAGAAAGGUUGCUACCGACUUGCCAGCUGUUGACGUCGACGUGGACCCAAAGGCAGUGGCUCUAGAACACGCGCUGGUGAUGGCAGAGAAACUGGGACUGCAUGGCAGCACCGCAGUUAAAAUGGCGCAGAUAGUUUCUACCGUUGCCCAGCUGGCGAAGAACAUUGCUGUCCAGCAGGAGCUCGAUGAGAAUCUCGUUACUUCUAAGAUGUUGAAGAGUAGCAAGUCUUCGAUGAUUAUAAACAGCAGUAAAAGCGAUGAUCAAGGAAAUGGGAGCGAGAAUGAUGACUGGUUGCGAGACGCGAUCAAGUCAGCGUUAUCUAGCGCUGUCCUAGCAGUCGCGAACUACUCCAUGGAAACCAACACAGAAGAGCAACAGGAUUUCGUUUACUCUUGCAUCAGCGAGGCUUUCAACGUGCACCUGCGGCAGAAGUACACCAGCAUGGAAGAAUCUGUCGAAGAGAUCCUGCAUAUACUUCUAGUCCCUCAGAACAGGAGCAACCUGUGUCAAUCCGCGUUGCUAGAGCUGAUAGAGAGCAAAAACAACAAAGUGGACAUACUAAAGUCCACCGUGGUUAGCCAGUCUUUAAAGGACGAAGUGGUGCUGGACAGACUGUCUAUGGUCCUGGAAGAGGAUCACGGAACGGAUUUAGUGGGUCCAGCCUUUAGAACCGUUUCCAAGAACGACCCGGAAUUGGUCUCCAGAGUUCUGCGCAAAGUGUCCGAGGAAGUGUCUACCAUAUCCACCGAAAAAGAAGCAGCGGAGAGCGUUCACAAAGCGAUCGUCCACGCGGUUCGCGAGUCGAGCGAGAUUCGAGUGCAAGAAUUGCUGAACGACGAUGGAGAGAACAUUCGGGAGCUGCUUCUUCAAGCUGUCGGUCUAGCUAGAGCUUUAGGGAUGUCCAGCAUCGCGAGUAGCCUGCUAGCAGUGAUCAGCGACGAGCAGUCCACGCAAGUGUUAGCCAGCGACAGAGUGACACUGGACGUUUUGAAAAGGCUGACAGUGAUGAGGAAACUAGCCGAAGAGAGGCCGCCAUUCAUGAACGCCCUGACGCAGCUCUGCAGCGACCCAGAAUUAGCGAGGACCGACCCGAGGCUCCGAACUUUGGUGCGAGAGAGUGCAGCGCUAAUGAUCGUCCCUGAAGAAGCGCCAUUGCAAUCGUCCGCUGAUGUACCCAGCGUUCUGCUUCAAAAUGACAACAGUCUAGCAAUGGAGGAGUUCCUUCUGAGGAGAAGUCACCGAUCGUCGUCCAUUUUUAUGAUCCUGAAGCAAGGCAUGCAGGCGGUAGUGCCGAGGGAAGCUUCCAGAUCAGUUCUCACGGGUCAGGUGGCAUACACGGUCCUCGACGAGGACGGUAUCAGCCAUUUUGAACCGCUGCACGUAUUCUCCGCUCUCAGACUCAACCGGCCCACCGCUCAUCGCUUUUCUAUGUACUGUUGCCCGGUCGCGAAAGAGGAGGACUUGGAUAUCGAGAUAGUGUCUACGUUCACUGGGACUACUUCCAUCGCAAGUAGCCUCGAUGGGUCCGGAAAUGGGAACGGCCAGAAACAGGAGAGUAAUGGAGUCGUGCUCUCCAGGUCGGACAAAUCUUGCGCAUAUUCCGCUAGCAGAGAAAACACGCCGAGUUUGAGAAGAUUGAGCAGCCUCCAGCAAGACAGUAGCUCUGAGCGGAAAUCCCUGGACAACUAUAUCGUCGUGAAGGAUUACAAGAGCGACACGGGCGAUUUCUCCGUAAAUGUCGGCGAUAUCGUCGAGGCCCUCGAAUACGCGGAUCCAGCCAAGAAGAUCAAGCUGGACCCUGAUCUGGAUAUCGGAGAGAUCGGCGACGUGCUGGACAACUCCGCCGCCUGGCACAGGCUCUCCGUCAGACCGCGACGGAAACACGCUGACCCCCGCGCUCGGUCCGUUUCGCGAUCGAGCUCGGACACCAGCCUUCAGAGAGUCUACGUUCGCACAGCAGACUCUAAGGAAGGAUGGCUGCCAAUGUCGAUUUUAAUGCAAACCGCCCUCAGCGAGGACACAGCGGCUGGACACCGCCCCGAGGACUCGCAUUAUCGAAGAGAAGCGGUGGUGAAAGAACUGGUCGAAACCGAGGAAGAGUUUGGCAGGGACCUACAGCUGGUCGUCGAACGUUAUUUGAAACCCCUCGACAAUCCGGACGUGCCGCGAAUUGUGCGCGACAACAAGGACAUCAUCUUCACGAACCUGAAGCAAAUUGCCGAUUUCCACAAUACGGUGUUGAUCGAAGGGGUCAAGUACUAUGCGGAUCAACCACGUAUGCUGGGCAAGACUUUUCUUCGAUUGGAAAGGGAUUUCGACAAGCACGUGGCCUACUGUAGGGACGAGCCAGCUGCACAGGAGUUCCUGCAAAUGAACGACGCUGCGCGAGAAUAUUUUGAGGAGCUGAGCCAGACUCUCCGUGACGACAAAAGUCUAUCGGAACACUUGAAGCUUCCGAUACAACGCAUAAACGACUACCAGCUCCUGCUCAAGGAGCUGGUGAAGUAUUCGACCCGACUAGGCGAAAACUGCGACGACCUCCAAAAGGCUUUGGAGUUGAUGCUAGGUAUCCCCCACAGGGCAACGGAUAACAAGUUCAUUAGUAAUAUCGAAGGAUACAAAGGGAAUAUCCACAAACUUGGCAGAUUACUCACACACGAGUGGUACACGGUAAUCGACAAAGACGGGAAGUGCAAGGAGAGAUACCUGUUUCUUUUCAAAGCUCGCAUACUCGUCUGCAAAGUUAGACGAAUAUCGGAAGACAGAUCCGUGUUUGUCUUGAAAGACAUUAUCCGAUUACCGGAAGUAGAAGUGAAAGAUCACCCAGAGGACAUACGAUCCUUUGAACUCCACUGUCCAGGGAAUUCUACCUAUCCAAUCACUUUGGUAGCCCACAAGGAUCCUGUGAAGGUUUGCUGGCUAAAGGAGAUCCGACAGUACGCGAGCGAUGUGGUAGCGUUAGCCGAGCACGCUGCUGACGAUCUGCAAUUGACCGAAGUACCCGAACCGAAGGAAGAGAUCAAAGCGAACCCGAGCAAUCCGAAGGCCGAAGGGAAUCCGGGACCAAAGAAAGAAGGGAAUCCAGGGCCGAAGAAAGAAGACAAUCCAGGACCGGAGAAAGAAGGAAAUCCAGGACCAGAGGAGAAGGUCGUGGAGAAGAGGGCCAAUCCGGGUAAUCCGGAAGAUCCAGAGUCUAAAAAGGCUAAAGUUGAAGAAGAAACUACAGACAUGUCGCGAAGAUACUCGUCCAGUCGAUACAGCAGCUCUUCCAAAGUUGUGGAAGAGUAUUCCGCAGUGUCCAGCAGCACUCGCAAUGGCGUAUCCGCGUACGUGGAGUCCAGCAGCGCGAUGAUGAUGGAAAGCAGCUCCAGCAGUUAUCAAGCCGCCGGCAACGUCUCUUCUGUAGAGACGAAAACGAGCACGGCGAAGAUCACAGAGGGCGCGAAAGGGAAACCUGUGUUCGUCAAAACGAUCGAAGGGUCGAGUGUUGAACCGAUACCAGAAAAUAACGUGGAAUUGAUACAAGCCGUAGCUGGAGAAAUGGCGUCAUUCGAGUGCACCUUGCUGCACACUGACUCGACGACUAUGGUGCAGUGGUUGAAGGACAAUAAACCACUGGAAGAUAAGUUGGCUGAUCGUUUGACAGCCUCCGCUGUUGGCAAGACCUUCAAACUCACCCUGCAGAACGUCCUCGAAUCGGAUUCCGGCAUUUAUAUCGCUCGAGCCAUGAACAGUGAGGGUCAGUCCACCUGCACGGCUCAACUCGUGGUGCAGAAACUUACACAGGAAGAGAAGCAAGCAAGAGCUGAAGCGAACGCCCCCAUCUUUUUGGUGCGCCUCAAGGAUACCGAGCUACUGCAGAACACUUUCCUGCGUUUCAUGGUCAAAGUGAAAGGCAACCCGAACCCUGACAUGAAAUUCUACAAGGACGAUGUUCUGAUCGAAGCGAACCAUCCACGCGUGAAAGUAGUCACCGAGCAGGCAGAACACGGAUUCUAUGAGUUGGUUUUAGCGGAUGUUCAGAAAGAGGACGCCGGAAAGUACUCGUGCACCGCGAAGAAUCGCUUUGGAGAAGCGUCGUGCGAAGCCGUGGUGACGGUGACCGACGACAAGGUGCUUCUCCUGCCGGAGAACUUCCUUGAACCCGGCAUGGAGCCUACGUUCACUUGGCUCAGGGAUGGACAACCUUUCGAUCCUGAAGAUCGGUUCAAGGUCCUCUUCCAGGACAACGAAGACACAUUGGCGUUGGUAUUCCAGCACGUCAGGCCGGAGGAUGCUGGUCUCUACACUUGCGUAGCACAGACUAGCACAGGUAACAUCAGCUGCAGCGCCGAGCUGACAGUGCAAGGUGCAGUGAAUCAGCUGUUCAAAGAACCGGAGAGGCCGAAAUUGGGUUCAGAGAUGAAACAUUCAGAAGUGAGCGCCGGUGGUUCGGCGAUGUUGGAGCUUCAGAUCAGAGGAUACCCUAAGCCGGACAUCAAAUGGACGAAAGACGGCCACGAGAUCGUCGCUGGGGGCAGGUACAAGUACCUAUGGGAGGAUGAAGAAUCCAUGUCCUUGGUGAUCAAGAACGUCACCGCGAAGGAUGCAGGUGUCUACACCAUCCUGGCUAAGAACGAGCUAGGAGAAGACACCACACAGAUCGAGCUGAUCGUUAAGUCCGCACCGAAAGUCAUAAAGAAGCAACCGGAUAUAACUGUCGCCGUGGACGACACUAUCACGAUGGCGGUGCAGAUCGAAGCUACACCAGCGCCGGAAGUGAAAUGGUACAAAGACGGCCAGGAGCUUAAAGAGGACAGCCGCAUCAGCAUCGUGAAAGAACAAAACGAUAUGUACAAGCUGAUAAUGAAGAACUCUAGGAUAGAGGAUGCUGGGUCCUAUUCCAUCGUCGCUCGCAACGAUGUAAAUCAAACCACGGAGAUCUGGAAAGUCAGAGUGCUCAGUCCACCGAAGAUCGUCAAGGGAUUGGGUGAACCUCAGAUUUUGGAUGGAGGAGAUACUCUUAUAUUGUCCGUCGAUGUUGAGUCCAGAAUGCCUCCUUCUACCAAAUGGUUCAAGGACGGAGUACUUCUCGAACAAGACAGCCGCGUGAAAAUGGUGAAGGAAGGUAACAAGUUCAUCUUGAAGAUCGUUGGCGCCACAGUUGAGGAUGCUGCAAUCUAUAAGGCGGAAGUGUGGUCCGAUCACGGCAGUGUGUCCGACCAAACGAAGAUCCAGGUACGAGGUCUGCCGAGGUUCAAAUCGAAGAUGUCAGACAUUACGGUGAACGAGGGUGAAACGAACGUAGAGUUCAAAGUGGAGAUGGACGGUUGUCCAAAGCCAAGCGUUCACUGGUACAUCGGCGACGUGGAGAUCACUGAAAAGAAGAAGGAGUACAUUCGCACGGAGGAGGAGAACUUCUGCAAACUGGUGAUCACGGAGGUCAAGUCCGAGAUGACUGGCACGUUCACUUGCAAGUUGAAGAAUGAGUUCGGCGAGGUCAAGACCAGCUCGACGCUGACAGUGAAAACGCGACCGAGAUUGAUCAAGAAACUCGCCGACUUAAGGGUAAAGGAAGGAGACACCUUGAAGCUGGAGUUCUCAGUGGCCGGCACGCCCGCACCUGAAGUCAAAUGGUACAAAGACGGGCAGGAGGUCUCAGCGGACGCUAGGAUCAAGAUCACGAGGGACAGCAAGCGUCAGGAGAAUUACGAUCUCACGGUUACCUUGGUCAAAGGGUCCGACGGAGGUGUCUACGAGGUUAGGGCCGAAAAUGAGCUCGGCUAUGUGACCAGCAAGAGCAAAGUCAUCGUCAUGACGAAAACGGAGGAAAGCGUCGAGGAAAAGACGGAAUUGAAGAAGGAAACCGUGGAGAAGAUCACGGUCGAGGAGGAAGAGAAAAUCGUGGAGGAGGAGAUCGAGCCGACCGAGCAACGCGCCAAGGAAUCGGGACCGGAAGGUCGAGUAACGCUGGAGACAGCAAGCGUGGAAGUAAUACGUGACCAGGGUGACACGAUCACGAUCUCCGUGGCCUCCAAGACGACCCACGAAGCUAUACUCACAGGUCCCGACGAGAGCCACACGAUCAGCAAGAUGACCGCGACAAAGGUCGAGUGCCAGGAGUUGUACUCUGAGAGCCCUCGGGUCGAGGAGAUCGCCUCGUACAAUUACACGGUGCAGGAGGAGACUACUCAAAAACAGAACGGCGGUCCCCUGAUAGAAGAGUUUUCGGAGGCCAGCGAGGAGAAUCGUCAUCUUCAGGUGAACCGCGGCGUGUCCAUAGUUUCCGUGUCCGACGACGAGUCGACGCUGAAAGCGAUCUCGAGGGACGUCAGCACCGACGACAUGCAGUGCGCUGAGCUUUCAGAAGACCAGAAGCUGACUAAUGGUUCCUACGAGGAGUUCAAUGGAAACGGGCUUGAAGAGAGGCUCCUGGACGAGAUAAAACCGUUUAGAGGCAGCUUGUACACGGAAACGAUCAUAGAAGAACGAUCGAUAGACGAGGCACCGUCCGAAAAGUCGACGCAGGAGAUCUCGAAAGAGCCUAGGAAUGGUACGCUGGAAGACGGCCUCUCCAAGAAGACCUCGAAAUUGGAGAGAAGACCCUCGUCGGAAAAAAUCAUCGAAACCGUGCUGGAGCAACCGCAGACUCCAACAAUCGAGGAGAGCAAACUGCGUAAACAGAGUUUGAAACUGGAACGAACGAAUUCGAUCGCUGAAAAAGCUGUCGAGAAGAAUCUGGAGGAAGGAAAGGCGUGUGUUCAGAACGGUCUGUCGAGGCAGAGCUCAAAGAUCGAGAGGAUGGAUUCCAGAGAGUCGAUUAAGGUGGUAGAGAAGUCGUUGUCGAGGCAGAACUCGUUGAAGGCUGCACAGAGCGCUGACGAAGAGGUCGACGAGGAGCUCGAGGCGCUUCUAGACCGCGUUAAACGGCAACGCAGCGUCCUCGACGAUAUUCUUGAGAAGGAAUCUAGCAGAGACUCAGCUCCUCCUCACAUCACCCACGCGAGUCUCUCCGAUCUAACGAUCUACGAGACUCAGAAGGUCCUCUUCGAGAUCACAGCGACAGGUCUGCCGAGGCCGGACGCGAAAUGGUUUAAAGAUGGGAAGCCUUUGCGAAGUGGAGAUCGCGUCAGGAUCACCGCUGUCGGCGACCAUUACAGUUUAGAAUUGAGCAAAGCCAUCCUCGAGGACGAAGGUGUCUACACGUUCACGAUGACGAACAAACUUGGCGAGGACACGGCCGAGGGAUACCUAACCGUCGGCACCAUCGACGACCUGAAAAGACCGAAGUUCACCGAACCACUGAACGAUGUGGAUGUAGCCAAAGAUGAUUCUGGCCAGUUCAAAGCCACGUUCACCGCUGAUCCUGUUCCUGAGAUGACUUGGUACUUCAGAGGAGAGGAAAUCCCAGUUGACGAUAGCCGACUGAAAUGGACUGCUGAGAAUAAACCAGCUGCGGAUAAAUUGACAGAGACCACGGUUACCUUGAGCGUACCUAAGUGCACGCACGAUGACACCGGAGAGUACACUUUGAAGCUGAAGAAUAAAUACGGCGAGGCUGAAGCUAGCGCUUUCCUCAAUCUUCUAUUGCGACCGGAGAUCGAGGAAUUCAAAGACGUGGUAGCGUCUGUCGGAGAGUCACUCUCAUGGGAGGCUGUUGUAAAAGGAAACCCCAAGCCAGACGUCACGUGGACGAAAGAUGGAAAAGUGUUGGAAAAAGGAGAGCGAUUCGACUUCGAGGAAGAUAAGAGAAACAAUAAAUUCAGGCUCAUAAUCAAAAGCGUCGAGGUAGAGGACAAAGGAACUUAUAAUUUGUCCGUGAAGAACUAUCUCGGCCAAGCGAGCGCGCAAGCGAAGCUGCAGCCUCAUACUGAAACACCAACUUUCCUCAAGGAGCUCACCGACAUGACUUGCAAAGAUCGCGAUGACAUAGAACUGAAAGUUCGAGUCACUGGUAUUCCCAAGCCGAAGAUCGCGUGGCUGCAAAAUGACGUGGAGAUCAAGGAAGACAGCCGUCACACGAUAACCACUCAUGUGGAUGGCCUUGUGGACAGCGUCUACUCUGUCAAGAUCUUCAGUAAAAGCGACGUAGGAACUAUAAAAUGUCAGGCAACCAACGUGAUCGGAAGUGCUCAGACCAGCUGCAACUUGAGCAUGGAGUUAGUCACACCUACAUUCUGCCAGACUUUGCCAAGAUCUUUAGAUGUUGAUGAGGGUGAACCUCUAGAACUGAAAGCAAAGGUAGAUGGCAGUCCUAUACCCGAGGUUGCCUGGUACAAAGAUGGCGAGAAACUUGUUCCGGAUGAUCACGUGAAGAUCGAGACUCUUCUGGACGGCACCACCAAGCUUACCAUCGACUGCAUCAGUCCGACAGAUUGCGGAGCUUACAAGUUGGUGAUCUCUAACUCCACUGGCGAACACGCUUCUUUGUGCGCUGUGGCUGUUAAACCUCAGAGAAGGAAACCAUCCUUCUCAAAGCCACUGGAAGACACCAAGGCAAUAGUUGGUCAGCCUCUAAAAUUAGAAGCGCAAGUAGUGGCUUUCCCCAACCCUCAAGUUCAGUGGUUCAAGGACGGAUUACCGUUACGACAAACGAAGGAGAUAUACUUCAUGAACGAGCCGAAUGGUUUGAUCGGUUUAAGAAUCGACAACGUUCGCCCCGAAGACGCUGGAACUUACUCCUUAACAGCAUCGAACUCUUUGGGAGAAAUCACUGGGUCCGCUAAAGUGGAGGUCGAGGAGAAAGAGAAGCGACCUGAAUUUAUAACGAAUCUUCAGCCACUGGCUGUAGUCGAAGGCUUCCCAGCUAAGAUGGUGGUGAAAGUUCUAGGGAAACCUGCACCGCAGCUUCAGUGGUUCAAGAAUGGAGAAGAGAUUAAACCCGAUGGUAAACGUAUAAAAACAGUUGCACUUCCGGACGGAAGUCAAGCACUGAUCAUCGAGAAAACUACACCAGAAGAUGCAGGAGAGUAUCAGGUGAUAGCAGGCAACACGGAAGGCACAUCCUCCUGUAAGGGUGUCAUCAGCAUCAUGGGCAAAACUCAAGCGGACUUGCCUGAAGAAAAACCUGUUUUCGUGAACCCGAUGAGGGACGUGUACGUAGAAGAAGGACAGCCAUUAAACCUAUCCGCCUCUUUCACCGGAAAUCCCUUGCCAGAUGUGAACUGGACUAAGGACGGCUUACCUGUGUCGCCUUCCGACCGCGUGACAGUGACCUGCGAUGGAAAGAAGACCGAAUUGGAGAUCAAUCCGUGCGAACCUCAGGAUGCCGGUGUAUACGAGUGUCGCGUGACCAAUCCGCUCGGCGAGGAUUCGACCAAGUCCACCGCUAACAUCCGAAAGAUCUUCCAGUCGCCGAUCUUCUCGCAGACGUUCACAGAUCUGCAACAAUUGCCAACAUUCGACGCUAAGUUCCCCGCGCGUGUUUCUGGUGUCCCACGGCCGGACAUCAGCUGGUACUUCAACGACAAGCCGAUACUGCACGACGACGAUAAGUACAAAAUGAAACUAGACGGCGACGCUUGCUGCUUGUACGUGAAGGAUUGCACCUACGCUGACUCCGGAAUGUACAAGUGCAAGGCGGUGAACCGUUGCGGAGAAGUGGAGUGCACCGCUAACUUGGCCGUAGUCGAUAAGAUAGGAAAGAUGCAGAAGAUAGAACCACCGUCCUUCCUGAAGAGAAUCGGCGACACCGAGGUGUACAGAGGAAUGCCAGCCAAGUUCACAGCGUGUAUCACAGGCAAUCCGGAGCCAGAUUUCGAGUGGUAUCGUAAUGGCGACCGAAUAUGGCAAACGGAUAGGAUCAGGAUGGACCAAGAAGGUAGCUUGUUGCGUCUAACUAUAUCUAAUGUCGACGACAUGGACGCAGGAAAAUAUGUCCUGAAGAUAGUGAAUCCUCACGGCUCGGACAUGUGUAGCGCGGAAUUGAUCUACGAAUCACUGGAGCCAAGACCAAAGAAGCCACUGGCCGACCAGUACGCAGAAUUCGACAAGUACCGGAAGUCCGGUGUCCCGUUGCCCCUGGCCGAUCGUCCGAUCAUCAGCAGGAUGAUGGAUCGUCAUUUGACGUUGUCCUGGAAACCGUCCAUCCCGAUAGGCCCCAGAAUCCCCGUCACGUAUCAAGUAGAGAUGUGCGAAUUACCGGAUGGCGAUUGGUUCACCGCUCGCUCGGGAAUCCGCAGCUGUGUCUGCGACAUCCGCAACUUGGAACCGUUCAGGGACUACAAGUUCCGAAUCCGCGUGGAGAACAAAUACGGUCUGAGCGAACCAUCACCGUUCGCGCAAACGUUCCGCGCGAAAUUGGAACCUGACCCACCGAAAUUCUUCCCUUACUUGCCGCCGGGCAUCGACUUCCGCCCGGAGACCAGUCCCUACUUCCCCAAGGACUUCGACAUUGAAAGACCGCCGCACGAUAACUAUGCUCAAGCGCCCAGGUUCCUUCGCCAGGAACACGACACCCAGUAUGGCGUGAAGAAUCACAACUGCAGCCUGUUCUGGUUCGUCUACGGCUACCCGAAGCCGAAGAUGAGCUACUACUUCAACGACCAGCUGAUAGAGUCUGGUGGCAGGUACGAUCAGAGCUACACCAGGAACGGACAGGCCACUCUGUUCAUCAACAGAAUGCUGGAAAGAGAUGAAGGCAUGUACGAGGCCGUCGCUACUAACGAACACGGUGAAGCCAGGCAAAGGGUUUUCCUACAGAUUGCGGAGUACCCGACCUUCAUCCAGAGACCGGAAGAGGUGAUCGUGAUGGUACGAAGAACUGGGCAGUUAACGGCUAGGGUCACUGGUGUACCUUAUCCUGAGAUCAAGUGGUACAAGGAUUGGAAGCCUCUUACUUCUUCUUCGAGAAUCAGGAUCGAAUUCACGGAACCUGACACUACCGUCAUGGUCAUCAGCGAUACUAUAGUGAAGGACGAAGGUCUUUACUCGAUCAGCGCAGGGAACGUGGCAGGGUCGAUUUCGUGUUCCGUGAUGAUACACGUUGAAGAGAACGAGCACGAGUACGGAUUCAGGACAUACAAGAGGAAGAGCGAUAUCAAAACGCGUCACGACAGACCGUAUGAUGAUUACUACGAUCUUGGUGAUGAGCUGGGCCGCGGUACUCAAGGUGUCACUUAUCACGCCGUGGAGAGAUGCACCGGAAGAAACUAUGCAGCCAAGGUUAUGCACGGCAGAGGAGAGCUCAAGCCGUACAUGUACAACGAAAUGGAGAUCAUGAAUAGUUUGAAUCACAGGAAACUGCUGCGACUGCAUGAUGCUUACGAGACUGACCAAAAUGUCACAUUGAUCAUAGAACUAGCUGCUGGUGGUGAACUCGUGGACACUCUGACCAAGCAGGCAUACUAUACUGAGUCGGAGAUCGCUGGCUACAUUAGACAAUUGCUCUGGGGACUGGAGUACAUGCAUGACAGUCACUUGGCUCAUCUUGGCUUAACGCUUGGAGACCUGCUGAUUUCGCACACUGGAGGCGAUGACUUGAAGAUCGGCGACUUUGGUCUAGCCAGAAGAAUUACUCACACAAAGUUGAUGACCCUGGCGUACGGAAUGCCAGAGUACGUGGCACCGGAAGUAACGAACAACGAAGGAGUCUCGUAUAGCGCGGACAUGUGGUCUGUUGGUAUCAUCACGUACAUCCUUCUCUCCGGAAUCUCGCCGUUCAGAGGUUUCAACGAUAAAGAGACUCUACUGAAGAUCAGAGAAGGAAAAUGGGAAUUCGAUGACCGGUGGCAGAACAUUUCUGAAGACGCUAAGGAUUUCAUCCGUUCAUUGUUAAUGUAUAAUAGCGAUAGGAGAAUGGACGUCAAGGCUGCCCUUGCUCAUUCUUGGAUAACCGGUUACGCGGAUAGAUCUCCUAUGGAUUUGUACAAGAUACCAUCUGAGAACUUGAAGAACUAUUAUAAAUUAUAUCGUGAUUGGUACAACAACGCAUCUUGCCGCACCUGGUUCCGCAGACGCAAGCUGGAAACUGCUUUCGAUCAUCCGUCCAGAAUGGUCUAUCCACCUGGUCACAAGUACACUCCUGAACCCAGUGAUGAUAGAAUAUCGAAGAAACCUACAGUCAAACCUUGGGACAACCAAAUGGCUACCAGGGAGCCACUUGACACUGAGAUUGGAAUGAUCAAAAGCGAAAGCCACUACCAGAAUGGACCAGAUACGUACCUCCUUCAACUUCGGGACACCGAUUUCCCUGUACGUUUGCGCGAGUACAUGAAGGUUGCCUGUAAUCGCAGUCCAGGAUUUUCACGUACCAUUGCUGAAGAGAAUUUCGAUUGGAGGGCACCCAUUAUACGCGAACGUCGUCGCUUCACUGAUGUUAUGGACGAAGAGAUUGAUGACGAGAGGCGAGCAAGGAUCAGCAGAUACGGAGCAGCCGAUAACUUUACGCUGAGACGCUUGAAACACGAGUUAGGAACAAGAUUGGACAGCUAUGCCGAAGCUGAGGCGAUGUUGGAAUCCAAGAAGGAAGGGCAGUUACCAUUCUUCCGUGAGAAACCACAAAUCAGACCUAUCGAAGAAGGAAAGCCUGCUCAGUUGAUGUGCCUAGCGGUAGGAAGUCCUAAGCCGUUGAUUCAGUGGUUCAAGAACGAUAUAAUGAUCCAAGAGACGAACAGGAUAAAGAUUACUGAAGACAAAGACGGCAGGUCUAUACUUAGUUUCAGUCAAACGAAAGAACACGACGUGGGUAGCUAUAAAGUUGUGGCUAGAAACACGGUGGGACAGAGCGUUGUUAGGUGCAGACUGGUGGAGGCAGUUGUUCCAUCUGGUCCUGACUCUCCUGAGGUUUCUGAUGUCUCAGACAUGGAGAUCCUUCUUCGAUGGAAGCAACCUAAGUAUGACGGCAAUUCACCUGUUCUCUGCUAUAAUCUCCAAAUCAGAGAAGGUGAUGGUAUUGAAUGGAUAGACCUCGCUUCGAACAUCGACCACGAAUUCUUCCUGGUGAGAAACCUGAAGCCAGACACCAGUUAUAACUUCCGCUUAGCAGCUCGAAACCGUAUCGGCUGGAGCGAGAAAGGAAUCCCUUCGAAACUGAUUAAAACCAGGCCAACAGGAUGUCCGAAAGUGCAAAUAACACGGGCCAUGAGGCAUCUUCAAGAGAUAACAGAAUCUGGACAAGAAAUAGUACUGGAAGAAGACAAACCGCACAUGGACUAUUCCAUCGAAGAUCAUCCUAUUGAAUGGUCGACCGAGACCAAUCUACAGAACAAGUAUAGCUUCAUUUCCGAGAUAGCUAGAGGCCAAUUCUCCGCUGUGGUGAAAGGGGUUGAUAAGGCCACGGACCGUGUCAUAGUAGCCAAGAUCUUGGAGCUGAACGCAGACACUGAGAAGCAAGUAAACAGAGAGUUCGAAGCUCUUCGCUCUCUGAGACACGAAAGGAUAGCCAUGUUGGAAGCAGCAUACAAGUCGCCAGGCUCCCCAGUUGCGAUAUUUAUUCUAGAGAAGCUGCAAGGUGCAGAUGUACUCACAUAUUUCUCAAGUAGACACGAGUACACAGAAAACUGCGUGGCGACAGUUAUAUCGCAGAUUCUUGAUGGUCUGCAGUAUCUCCACUGGCGAGGAUAUAGCCACCUAGAUAUUCAGCCUGAUAACGUGGUGAUGUCUACUGUUAGAUCACUCCAGAUAAAGCUGGUCGACAUGGGCUCAGCUCGGUUUGUAAGCAAAUUAGGCACUCCUGUGCCUAAACUCGGUCAUCCCGAGUACAGAGCACCUGAGGUCUAUAACGAGGAGCCAGCUCAUCCUCAAACAGACAUCUGGAUGGUUGGUGUCCUAAUGUACGUUCUUCUAUCUGGCACCUCACCGUUCCGCGGUAAGGAUCCUGAUGAGACCAGGCAGAACAUCCUAUUUGUCAGGUACAGAUUCGAAAAUCUGUACAAGGAAUUAAGUCAAGAGGCCACAAGGUUCUUUAUGUUGGUCUUUAAACGGGCACCUAAUAAAAGACCAUUGGUAGAGGAGUGCCAUGAACACAGAUGGCUUCAGCUGUCAGACUUUAUGAUUAAGAAACGCGAGAGGGCUGUGUUCUUGGGCAAUAGACUAAAAGAAUACAGUGAGGAGUACCACGAAGAGAAAUCAAAAGCGGCAUCCGACAGUCAAACAUUGGGAAGCGAAAGCUUGUUAGGUUCCACGCAGAAACUUAUCAGAUCGACUAGCAUACAGGAAGAACUGCUCACCACGUUCUAA